ACUGUCAAAUUGUUAGCACCAGCGAUUUUUCCGAAAGGCGUAUUUUAAUUUGACUUUCUUCUGAAACAAAUAUUUAUUAACGCAAUUAAAAUGUUAGCUUUGAUCAAUCGGAUCCUAGAUUGGAUUAAAAGCUUAUUCUGGAAGGAAGAAAUGGAGUUAACAUUGGUUGGACUACAGUAUUCAGGAAAAACAACUUUCGUUAACGUCAUAGCCUCCGGCCAGUUCAGUGAAGAUAUGAUCCCCACGGUUGGAUUCAACAUGCGUAAAAUUACCAAAGGCAAUGUCACAAUCAAAGUAUGGGAUAUCGGUGGUCAGCCCAGAUUCCGUUCAAUGUGGGAAAGGUAUUGCAGAGGUGUCAACGCUAUUGUAUACAUGGUAGAUGCUGCGGACCCGGACAAGAUUGAGGCGUCCCGGAACGAGUUGCACAGUCUGUUGGACAAGCAGCAGCUCACGGGCAUCCCGGUGUUGGUGUUGGGCAACAAGCGCGAUUUGCCGCACGCGCUUGACGAGCACGGCCUCAUCGAGCGCAUGAACCUAUCAGCUAUCCAAGAUCGCGAGAUUUGCUGUUACUCGAUCUCGUGCAAAGAGAAGGACAACAUCGACAUUACUCUUCAAUGGCUCAUCUCGCAUAGUAAGUCAGGUAGUGCGCGUUAACCCGACGAGCGCGCGAGUCGCUCACAUACACACACAUACGAGUCGCUCACACACACACACAUACGAGGCGCGGUCUCGACAGCACACUACCAUAAAUAAACAGCUAUUUUGUUAGGGAUCAUUCAUUUGUUACGUGAAGAGGUUUUCGGGGGAGGCUUUGUAUUUCCGAGAGAACAUGAACUACGUAAAUGUCGUCAGUUUCAUUCAUACCUUACCAACGAGCGCCAAAGAGAUUUUCGUUGGUUCUGUGUGGAUAAGCAAAAAUAAAUCCGUGUAAACUUACCACCGAAGCACUUUGGAUUUCUAAAACACUUUGUAGCGCCAAUCGGUCGCGAUUAAAAGAAUACUCAAAUAUGAAUAUAUCUUACGUAAAAUUGGAGUAGGUAGUUUAGAUUUUAUAUUUAACUCAAAAUGGGAGGGGGUCCAAUUAAAAGAAAUCAUCUCACGUAAUUCAUGAAGGGUUCCAUAGACGUGUAAUAAAUUUUAGAUACAUCGUGGGCCCUAAAGAUGUCACAUCGCCGACUCCAUUGUUGAUUUUUGACGCUGCGACAAAAAUUACUCAACCUGAUACCGAAUUCAGUUAACAUAAUUAUGUCACAGUUACAAAAAUAGAUGUCAAACUAUCAAAAGCAAAUACAAUGGUGCACCGUAUGUGCUGAAUUUUAGGAAAUUCGUGCUUACAGAUACAGCGACGGUAGUCAUAGAAUUAAAUAAGUAUAGAAGUUGCGCUCCUUUGAUCUUGACAAAUACCGCUCCUACAACAUUUGCUGGAUACGUGCAUUCUAAAUAACACCUUAUCUCCAUGCAUACUAGAUCGCGAUUCCUGUGUUCAGAAUAUAUUUUAAUGACCUUUCAAGCUUCAUGGUUGUACAUCGAGUGUCGAAGCGCUGUAGGAGCUCAUUGAGGUAGACUGAAGACCGAGGUUUUCUGUCCUAUUCACUAACUCUUCAAACAAGUUGGCAACUCGUCGACUUCAUACAAAACGCAUGAUUUAAUAGCGACAGCUGUCAACUAAUCGCUUAUUUUGUAUGGAGAUAAAAAACAUUAACAAAGAAACGUUACUUUUAAAAUAUUAUGAGUAACUUACGUCGUCAGCAGUGCACUUAUUUUUGUUUUCUUAAUAUAUUAAUUGUAACCGAGCGAAAAGAACUUUAAUAGAUCAACCACAGGACACAAUUAUAAUAGCAGAUUUGGGGCUCUCGGGGAGUCGACACUGAAAAUUGACGCAAUUUGUUUAAGAAAUACAAUAUGUAGCUCUCUUUCUUCGCCUCUCUACGUUUCUAUUUUUUUAAUUUCAAGACGUGCGCCUAACGUGACCUUGAAAUUUCACCCACAAUUGCCGCCUAAGAAAUUGCAAUUUGAAAACAAUAAAUACUACAUUACGAUGCCAAAAGAGCAGCAUGAGGGAUAAAAAAUUUAAUAUUCCUUCGCUCAACAGACACUAAUGGCUUCAAGAUUCUGAUUAUGAUCCUACAGCAUAUGUAGGAAAUCUUGUGAAAAAAAG